UCCCAGGCUUCCGGCUUUAAAAGGCCUUAAGGUGAUUUCUCUUUUGCGCUUAAAACAUUGGAAAAAAAAAAAACACAAGCUAAAGUUGGGAGAAUCCUUUCUGGGUUUGGGAGACCACAGAUUUUGAGAGCAAAUCCCAACUGGUUUUCUCUUUUCAUUUCUGGGUUUUGGAGAUAAGGGUCAGAGAGUGCAAAUCCACAGCUGGGUUUCUCUUAAAACUCUUGAUUUUGGAGAGAGGAGAGUUUAGAGAAAGAGAGAGAAGAUGUUGGAAGGGAAAGCAUUGAUAGAGGACACUGACAUGCCUGUGAAGAUGCAGAUCCAAGCCAUGGCUUGUGCCUCUCAAGCUUUGGAUAUCUAUGAUGUCCUAGACUACAAAUCCAUUGCUGCCUAUAUCAAGAAGGAGUUUGAUAUGAUAUAUGGGACUGGAUGGCAAUGUGUGGUGGGUUCAAAUUUUGGAUGUUUCUUCACUCAUUCUAAGGGAACUUUUAUAUAUUUCACACUGGAGACUCUCAAUUUCCUCAUCUUCAAAGGGGCCUCUUCUUCGGACUGAGGCUGUGUUCGGUUGCAAAGAAACUUGGAGAAAAUGGAAGAAGAAGAGAUGAAAAACAAAGUCUAGUGCAGUUCUCUCUUCCGGCUGUUUUUUUACCCCUUCCUUUUGGUUCUUUUUGUCUUUUUGUCUUUUUUGAUCUUUAACUCGGUUGUAGCUUGACAUGGGGGAAAAUAAGGUGCGGGAAAAUGGAAGGAAAAAAAAAACCAAGAAAAAAGAAUGUUGGGAGGCACCUACAUCCACAAGGCCACAUGGAGCUUUUUGGAUCUCGUCAUUGUGAUGAGGGCCCUGUAAUAUCUCUAAGGGGCAGCCGCAAUGCCCUCUUUGUACAUAUGAUGUCUCCAUCCCCUUUAAAAAUGCAUUUCUUUUUCAUUUGUCCUUCA